CAUUCUAUGGAGUAUCUUUAUUCAAGAGAUUAAACGUAAAUACAAAAUUCAUCUGAGGUCGGUUGGGGUUGAUUUCCGUCCUCUGUGGUGACCCUCGUUCUUAUCCUGGUUCAUACUUUAAAAAGGAGUUUCUGAAUAUACUGUGGAAAUAUAAUAAUAAAAAAAACUUAUCUUCGGGCAGUUUAAAAUUCCAAAUUCAAAUCGGAAAACGCACGUAACUUCUGAUAUAAAUUAUUUUGUUUUGUUUCUUCCACUAGGAUAUUCAAUCUGGGAUUUAAACUUGAAAAAGCGAACGCAACGAAGUGAGCAAUUGUAAAUCAAACUGUCCCGGUCUCAUUCACCAAAGAUGGUGUGGACAGUGAAAGCAUUAAGACCGUUCCUGAUUCUACUUGUAUUGGCAGUUGUCCAGUCAGUUCAAAGUCAGUUGAGGAGUAGCGCCUUAGUGCCAAUCUUUCAGCAGAAUCAUAGCCUAAAGCAACACUAUGACGAUGAUAGCUAUCUUAUUGGACAAGAUCACUUUCAUAUCGAAAUGAUCGAUGUGAAAUGCGGUGACUCACAGUCUGGCAUGAUAGUGACAAUGCAAUUUGAAGAUGAUUUCAACGGUAUCAUAUAUAGUCAGGGAUAUUUCAAUGAUCCCAAGUGUAGGUAUGUGUCAGCUGGGAGCAAUGAUCGUCACUUCUCAUUUACGGUUCCGUUUGAUGGUUGUGGAAGUAAACCAUCUUGUUCCGUCUGUGCGUCUAUUGAUAACAUUCUAGUCAUCCAAUCGGAUGAAGAUGUUCAAGACUUGUGGGAUAUGGCGCGGAAGAUAUCGUGCACUCGUAAUUUUGAAAAGGAACAAACAAUCAUCUUCAAGCCAUUUGUUGUGGAUAUGCUAGAAGUUGUUAGUGUGGAAACAUCAUCGGGUCCAGUACAAUGUUGGAUGGAUAUUAUGAUUGGCAAAUUUCCGCAGAUAACGCCCAUUGAACGUCCAAUUAAGAUUGGAGAACCGCUUACCAUUCUUGUUUACCUCAAAGAUCCACAGAAGAAGUACGACAUUAAUGUCAAGGAUUGUUAUGCCUUUGAUAAUGAGGACUAUCAGGCUAAAUCUACAAAAAAGCUACAGCUUUCAGAUAAAAGAGGAUGCUCGAAAAAAUUGAAUUUGUUCAAAAUGUGGGAAAAAACAGGAGAGACUGGCGCGACAGGGGCCACACUGCUCACCUAUAACACACUUCAUGCAUUCAAAUUUCCAGAUAAAAUGCAAGUUUUCUUGAAAUGUGAUAUAGAAAUAUGUCGAGGACAAUGUGACGAGGCUAUAUGCGAUAGUGAUGUAACAACUCCUCGUCUCCCUUCGUCGCCCACAAUUACCAAAACAUUUAUUUCAACUCGUAAACCAUACGAACGUCCAACAUCUGCAACACCGUCAAGAUGCUCUUCAGACUCAACAGAUCCGGAAUGCUUUAGAAAAGAUGUUAUUUUGACAACACCUCGCUGUUACCUGGGCUCAAAAGAUCCAGCUUGUAGACAAGCUUCUGAAAGUACUACACCUUCCUAUUUAUUUAGGGAUAAAACUUCAGGGCAACCAAGCACUCCAAUUGAAACGCCAUUCUCUUAUUCUUCAACAUAUUCACCACUUGGUAAUGACCCAAAAAUUCAUUCCUCCAAAGGCUGUCCGCCAGGUUCAAAUAAACCGGAAUGUUUGCGGAAAUCUGAUUCAAAUAUUCGCUGUUAUCCAGGAUCACGUGAUCCUCAGUGUAUAACCUCGAAAAUUCCUAAUUACACAGACACUACGACAUAUCCAUCCACUUACAUUUCACCUGAUCCAAAUAAAGAUAUACAUGUAGAUCGCCCUAAUAUUCCAUUUAGUUGUGACCCAAAAUCGACUGACCCUCGUUGUUUAACAGCAGAAGUUACUACUAACCGAUCGCGAUUGCCAUCAUCUACUACAAUACAGCCGAGUAUUUCAAAACGCCGAUGCUAUCCGGGAUCCCAAGAUCCUGCAUGUACUCGUCUCACUACGGUUAAACCAACCUUCUGCACCUCUGGCUCAACUGAUCCAAGAUGCCAAACAGUUGAACCUGAAGUAACACCACAAUGCCUCCCUGAUUCUACAGAUCCAAAAUGUCGUAAAGGUUCAACAGAAAGAACUUUAGACUGUUUUCCUGGCUCUUCCAAUCCGGAAUGCAAGAGAGCAUCAAAAAUACCACUUAAGUGUUAUCCAGGCUCAAAAAAUCCAGAUUGCAUUGAUGAAUCUUCAAAACCGUCUCCAAAAUGUUACCCAGGCUCACCGGAUCCCGAGUGCAAUGAAAUUUACGGAAACGAAAAAAUUCCUCCUUCGGCAACUACUUACUUCUCCUCUCCAACCACAGUGCCUGCUGGUUGCUAUCCAGGAUCGAAAGACCCUAAAUGUCAACUCGUGACGACGCAAAGACUUAGCAAAUGUUAUCCCGGAUCGAGAGAUCCAGAAUGCUUUGAAUCCUCGACCUCUCAAACGAUUUCUCCUACUAGAGUCCCAAGUACUUACCUUCCGCCAGUAAGUAAAACUACCUUACUUCCUCAAUGCUACCCCGGUUCGAGGAAUCCACAAUGCCAGCAACGCACAAGUGAAAAUGCCCAAAAAUGUCAUCCGGGAUCUACGGAUCCAAGAUGUCAGGAGGUAACAUCUUACGCAACUCCUCGAUGUUAUCCUGGUUCAAGGGAUCCAGCAUGCCAGGAAACUACAACAGAAAGAACUUCACAAUGUUAUCCAGGAUCAACUGAUCCAAAAUGUCAAAAACCGACAACUCCAGAGAGUGCGCGAUGCUAUCCAGGCUCGCGGGAUCCACGAUGCCAAGAGAAAACAACGGAAAAAGCUCCCCAAUGCUAUCUGGGAUCGACUGACCCUAGAUGCCAAAAAAUAACUACUGAAAAAACUCUCCAGUGUUAUCCAGGAUCCACAGAUCCGAAGUGCCAGAAAGGAGAACCUCAAACUAAACCACAAUGCUAUCCGGGAUCAACGGAUCCAAGAUGUCAGGAGGUAACAUCUUACGCAACUCCUCGAUGUUAUCCAGGGUCAAGAGAUCCUGCAUGUCAGGAGACUACAACAGAAAGAACUUCACAAUGUUAUCCAGGAUCAACUGAUCCAAAAUGUCAAAAACCGACAACUCCAGAGAGUACGCGAUGCUAUCCAGGCUCGCGGGAUCCACGAUGCCAAGAGAAAACAACGGAAAAAGCUCCCCAAUGCUAUCUGGGAUCGACUGACCCUAGAUGCCAAAAAAUAACUACUGAAAGAACUCUCCAGUGUUAUCCAGGAUCCACAGAUCCGAAGUGCCAGAAAGGAGAACCUCAAACUAAACCACAAUGUUAUCCGGGAUCAACGGAUCCAAGAUGUCAGGAGGUAACAUCUUACGCCACUCCUCGAUGUUAUCCAGGUUCAAGAGAUCCAGCAUGCCAGGAGACUACAACAGAAAGAACUUCACAAUGUUAUCCAGGAUCAACUGAUCCAAAAUGUCAAAAACCGACAACUCCAGAGAGUGCGCGAUGCUAUCCAGGCUCGCGGGAUCCACGAUGCCAAGGGAAAACAACGGAAAAAGCUCCCCAAUGCUAUCUGGGAUCGACUGACCCUAGAUGCCAAAAAAUAACUACUGAAAGAACUCUCCAGUGUUAUCCAGGAUCCACAGAUCCGAAGUGCCAGAAAGGAGAACCUCAAACUAAACCACAAUGUUAUCCGGGAUCAACGGAUCCAAGAUGUCAGGAGGUAACAUCUUACGCAACUCCUCGAUGUUAUCCAGGGUCAAGAGAUCCAGCAUGUCAGGAGACUACAACAGAAAGAACUUCACAAUGUUAUGCAGGAUCAACUGAUCCAAAAUGUCAAAAACCGACAACUCCAGAGAGUGCGCGAUGCUAUCCAGGCUCGCGGGAUCCACGAUGCCAAGAGAAAACAACGGAAAAAGCUCCCCAAUGCUAUCUGGGAUCGACUGACCCUAGAUGCCAAAAAAUAACUACUGAAAGAACUCUCCAGUGUUAUCCAGGAUCCACAGAUCCGAAGUGCCAGAAGGCAAAACCUCAAACUAAGCCGCAAUGUUAUCCGGGAUCAACGGAUCCAAAGUGUCAAAAAAUUACAACUCAAGCUAUUCCCAAUUGUGUGCUAGGCUCAGAUGAUCCGAAUUGUCAGGAGGCUACAACAAAAAGGGCUAUACAAUGCUACCCAGAAUCAAACGACCCAGAAUGCAAGAAAGAAACAACUUCAAAAGUUCCGCAAUGUUAUCCGGGAUCGCCUGAUUCUAGGUGUGGUUUAACGACGAAUAAUUUCCGUUCCAGUACACGAACUCCUGUAACGUAUCUUCCACCUGGAACACCUACGAUUCCAACUAAAACACUAUCAGAUUGUAAACCAGGAUCUACUGAUCCACGAUGUCAAAAACCGAUAACUUCACAGUGUUAUCCCGGAUCCAACGAUCCAAAAUGUCAAAAAGGAUCAACUGAAGCGACUCCACAAUGUUAUCCAGGUUCCACUGAUCCACGAUGCCAACAGGCAGUAACAAGGAAAACUCCACACUGUUACCCCGGAUCCAGGGAUCCUAAGUGCCAGGAGACGACGACAGAAAGUACUCCUCAAUGUUAUCCAGGAUCAAGAGAUCCACAAUGCCAUGAAAGAAGAACCGAAAAGGCUCCGCAAUGCCACCCCGAUUCUACUGAUCCAAGGUGUCAAAAAGUAACCAUUGAAAAGAAUCCAGAAUGUUACCCAGGAUCGCCAGAUCCUAAAUGCAGAGUUAGGACAACUGAAAGGGCUCCACAAUGUUAUCCAGGUUCAUUGGAUCCGCGAUGUCAAGAAACAACAACAAGAACUCCACAGUGUUCUAUAGGGUCCACUGAUCCACAGUGCCAGAAAGAAUUAACUAAAAACCCUCCAAAAUGCUAUCCAGGAUCACGUGAUCCUUCGUGCCGAAGAAAAAUUCCUGAAAAUGCUGCAAAAUGCUACCCAGGGUCCACUGAUCCUAGGUGUGUAACGAAAGUAACUGAGAAAGUUCCAGAUUGUUAUCCAGGAUCCUCAGAUCCAAGAUGUCAUGAAAGAACUACUGGACCACAAUGUUAUCCAGGAUCCACUGAUUCACGAUGUCAGAAAGGAACAACUGAAAGGGUUCUUCAAUGCUAUCCUGGUUCGGUUGAUCCAAAAUGCCAAAAAUCGACUACACCACGAACAGUGGAUUUUACAACUCUCCGAAAAGGUACACGAAUUCCUGCAACGUAUCUACCACCAACUACAACUGUCGUCCCUCGUUGCUACCCAGGUUCAAAGGAUGUGCGUUGCAGUAGUUUAACAAGUGCUCUGCCUCGUACUUCUACCACUGAAAAAAAUACCCAAUGCUAUCCUGGCUCUAUAGAUCCAAGUUGCCGAGGCACUUCAACGCAAAAAAAUCCUCGCUGUUACCCUGGAUCUCCUGAUCCCAGAUGUCAAGCUUCUACCACAGAGGCCACGACAAAAUCUCCCAGAUGUUACCCUGGAUCUGCUGAUCCGAGAUGUCAAGCUUCCACCACAGAGCGCACUUCCUUCACCACGAAAUCUCCCCGAUGUUACCCUGGCUCUCCUGACCCAACAUGCCAACCAGAAUUAACAACACGCGCUCCACAGUGUUAUCCUGGCUCAAGAGAUGCACGGUGCAAGACGAAAACUACAGAGAAGUUCCGAAACUGCUAUCCGGGAUCAACAGAUCCUGACUGUAGACCAGGCACCACCAAUGAUAUUACAACAGUUUCUCCGACCACACAUUUAUCAUCAACACAUCGAACGACCCUUACCAAUUGCUAUCCGGGGUCCUCUGAUUCUCGCUGUAGGGAAGCCACUACGAAGCAACCCACACGGUGCUUCCCGGGUUCAAAUGAUCCUCGAUGUCAAGAAAGAACAACGCAAAAACCAUAUCAAUGUUAUCCAGGUUCGCAAGAUGUAAGGUGCCAAAAGGUUGUAACGGGAGAAAUUCCACGCUGCUAUCCUGGAUCAACUGAUCCAAAAUGUCAAAAGCCAAUACUAGAAUGUUACCCAGGCUCAACUGACAUUCGAUGUCAAAAGACAACAACAGAGCAACCCUCGGAAUGUUCAAGUCCUGAUGAUCCGCGAUGUCGAAAAGUAACAGAUGGAAAACCGUCUGAUUGUUACCCAGGAUCGCCAAAUCCAAAAUGUCGAACAGUAACAACGCCCAGAAUCCGAGAUUAUCCAACAUUGCGGCCAACAACCCGAGUUCCGGCAACGUAUUUACCUCCAAAGACAGAUGCUGUAUCACUAUCACCCCAUUGCUACCCUGGUUCAACUGAUCCAAGAUGCGUAGAAAAAAUAACAACUGAAAAGCUGUUGCGAUGUUAUCCGGGGUCAACUGAUUUAAGAUGCCAGAAGCCAACCACCGAAAAGUCUACAAUUCAGACGACAUAUAUACCAGGAGGCAUAAAGACCACAGUGCCAGGCUAUAGGACGACUGCUAAGCCAAUUGUACGUUGUUAUCCGGGAUCGACUGAUCCAGUGUGUUUGGGACGUACAACCGAAGCCAUACCUUCGUGUUAUCCAGGGUCAACUGAUUCAAGGUGUAAGACUCCAGGAACAGAAAGACCUGUAACUCCUCAAUCAAUAGAAAAACCGACAACACCUCCGCAAUGUUAUUUCGGAUCAACUGACCCGAAGUGUCAGAAACGAAGAACUGAAAUUCCAACAGAUUUAAAAGUCACAAUACCAGAUUAUAGGACGACGGUUAAACCAAACGCACCUUGUCCUCCAGGAUCAGCUUGCUUUAAAGGCACAACCGAGAAAGCUACUCAAUGUUAUCCUGGAUCAACCUCCCCAGGAUGUCAGGGGACUACAACGGAGGGAACUGUAGGGUGCUACCCAGGAUCGAAUAAUCCAAAAUGCCAACAAGGUUCUACCAACGGAGCUUUGCAAUGCUAUGCGGGAUCGACUGAUCCAAGAUGCCAAAAAUCAACAACCGAAAGAGCAUCACAAUGCUAUCCUGGAUCAACAGACCCCAGAUGUUUAAAAACUACAACUGAAAGGAUUCCACAAUGUUAUCCAGGGUCGACAGACUCAAGAUGUCAGCAAUAUACAACUAAAUCGGCAGUACAGUGUUACCCAGGAUCGCCUGAUAGAAGAUGUCUCACACCAGUAACCGAUGCAGUAUCCUCAACUAUUCGAGUUCCAACCACUUAUCCUGCUACAGAUACUGCGUCAACAGUUCGUUGCGAUCCUGGCUCCAGAGAUCCUCGUUGCAGAAGUACUACGGAAGUAAAAGCAACUACGAAACCAUUUACUGCGUGUUAUCCUGGAUCUAAUGAUCCUUUAUGUGUACAAAAUCUUGUUACUACAUCACAGCUUCCACCAACUACAUUUACCGCAUUUGAAAUUAGUACAACCUCGCGAAUUUGCCAUCCUGGGUCAAAGAAUCCAGCCUGUAGAAUUAUUACGACAAAGCCUCCAUUGCAGAAGGUAACUCCUCUUGAUUGCUUCCCAGGAUCGACGGAUCUCCGUUGCCCUCAAACAACUGUAAGUGGUCAGUUGAAGUGUGGUCCUAACUCGUCUGAUCCACGCUGCCCUAAACCAUUUGUUCCGACUACCACUGCAUCACCGAGUACCAGGAGGUGUUACCCCGGAUCUCAGGAUCCUGCAUGUAGGGAUUCAACCCUUUAUGUAGAUCAGACAACAACUACACAAACUGUGAAAUAUACCACCAAGCAACCGUCGCCAUUCGUAACAGCACCAACUACUACUCAACCACUCCGGUCUCGUCCAAGUUUCACAACUGAAUUUACGCUUGAUUGUAGUCAUGGUUCAAAUGAUCCACGUUGUCUUGUUCCUGUCUCAACAACAGAAAACCCAUUGUGCUAUCCAGGUUCGACAUUGCCUGGUUGCCCUCAAUCGCAAACUACGCCAGCCUUCUGCUUCCCUGGAUCGAAGGAUCCACGUUGCCCACAACCAUCGCCACGGCCAGGUAAUCGGGUUCCGGCCACAUACCUCCCACCUUUAUCAAAUCCUGGUUCCGAUCGAACUGUUCGUCUGUCACGAAAAUCUGAUGAUGUUGCAAUCAAAAAACCAUCAAUUUUCCAUGAUAUCAAUCAACUGGCUGUAACGGAUACUAGUAGGGAUUUAGAAGUGGAGAAAUUGGAAACGAAUGGAGGACGAUUUAAGCGGGAUUUAACAUCCUCCGUACAAUCUGCACAAUUUAGGGACGAACCUAAAGAGGUAAUAUCGAUAACGCUGAAUUUCAAAGGAUUCGAUUUUUCCCCGUUAGUGCAAUAUUAGGAGGAGGAUCAACUGAUGUUGGUUAAAGUGUUUAAUGACUGCUGUAAAAAUUCUGGAUGAGAAUAUCUUCUGGGUCAUAUAUUGGGAGAUUCAUAUAUGUAUGUCCGUUAUUUGUAAUAGACUCCAUACGAAUUGUACAUAAAAAUAAAUGUAUUAUAUACCAUUGUAUCUAAAGAGAAAUAAAUCAAAUAAA